AGACGUAAACUUAAGUCUUCUCUGAAGAAGAAGUUCCAGAGAGUGUUUGAGGGCAUCGCUAAAGCAGGACAGAAGACCCUCCUGAAUGAGAUCUACACAGAGCUGUACAUCACAGAGGGAGGGACUGCAGAGGUCAAUGAUGAACAUGAGGUCAGACAGAUUGAAGCAGCAUCCAGGAAAGCAGCCAGAGCAGAAACAAGCAUCAGAGCAGAAGACAUCUUUAAAGUCUCACCUGGAAGAGAUGGACCAAUCAGAACAGUGAUGACACAGGGAGUGGCUGGCAUCGGGAAAACAGUGUUAACACAGAAGUUCACUCUGGACUGGGCUGAAGACAAAAGCAACCAGGACAUCCACUUCAUGUUUCCACUGACUUUCAGAGAGCUGAAUGUGCUGAAAAAGAGAAAGUUCAGCUUGACGGAACUUGUUCAUCACUUCUUCAGUGAAACCAAAGCAGCAGGAAUGUGCAGCUUUGAAGACUUCCAGGUUGUGUUGAUCUUUGACGGUCUGGAUGAGUGUCGUCUUCCUCUGGACUUCCACAACAAUGAGGUCCUGACUGAUGUUACAGAGUCCACCUCAGUGGAUGUGCUGCUGACAAACCUGAUCAGGGGGAAGCUGCUUCCCUCUGCUCGCCUCUGGAUAACCACACGACCUGCAGCAGCCAAUCAGAUCCCUCCUGACUGUGUGGACAUGGUGACGGAGGUCAGAGGGUUCACCGACCCACAGAAGGAGGAGUACUUCAGGAAGAGAUCCAGAGAUGAGGAGCAGGCCAGCAGCAUCAUCUCCCACAUGAAGACAUCACGAAGCCUCCACAUCAUGUGCCACAUCCCAGUGUUCUGCUGGAUCACUGCUACAGUUCUGGAGGAGCUGCUGAGAACCAGAGAGGGAGGAGAUCUGCCCAGAACCCUGACUGAGAUGUUCAUCCACCACCUGGUGGUUCAGGCCAAAGUCAAGAAGGUCAAGUAUAAUGGAGGAGCUGAGACAGAUCCACACUGGAAUGAAGACAGCAGGAGGAUGAUUGAGUCUCUGGGAAAACUGGCUUUUGAGCAGCUGGAGAAAGGAAACCUGAUCUUCUAUGAGUCUGACCUGACAGAGUGUGGCAUCGAUGUGGAAGCAGCCUCAGUGUACUCAGGAGUGUUCACACAGAUUUUUAGAGAGGAGAGAGGACUGUACCAGGACAAGGUGUUCUGCUUCGUCCAUCUGAGUGUUCAGGAGUUUCUGGCUGCAGUCUACAUGUUCCACUGUUACACCAACAGGAAGGAGAAGGUUCUGGAGGAUUUUCUGGGAAAAGACUGGAAAUACCAUAACAAUGACACUUUGGAAGUGUUCCUGAUGCGGGUCAUGUAUAAAUCCCUGAGAAGUAAAAAUGGUCACCUGGACCUGUUUGUUCGCUUCCUUCAUGGCCUCUGUCUGGAGUCCAACCAGAGACUCUUAGGAGGUCUGCUGGGUCGGACAGAGAACCAUCCAGAAAUGAUCCAGAGAAUCAUCAACAACCUGAAGAAGAUGAAGAGUUCUAAAAUGUCUCCAGAUCGAAGCAUCAACAUCUUCCACUGUCUGAUGGAGAUGAAGGAUCUCUCAGUACAUCAGGAGAUCCAAGAGUUCCUGAAGUCAGAGAACAGAUCAGAGAAGGAACUCUCUGAGAUCCAGUGCUCAGCUCUGGCCUACAUGCUGCAGAUGUCAGAGGAGGUUCUGGAUGAGGUGGACCUGGACAAGUACAGAACAUCACAGGAGGGACGACUGAGACUGAUUCCAGCUGUGAGGAACUGCAGAAACUUUGUGGAGUCAGACAUGGGAUCAGAUCACAUUGACAGACUGUGGACAGUAUGGAAGCCUGAAUGGAAGUCCAUCUUCUGUCCUCCAUCUGCAGAUGAAACCAAAGAAAGAUUCAAAGUGUGCAGACUUUAUAACUGUAGACUCUCAGAGUUCCACUGUGAAGUCGUGGCCUCAGCUCUGAAGUCCAACCCCUCCCAUCUGAUAGAACUGGACCUGAGCAGAAAUGACCUGCAAGAUUCAGGAGCAAAGCAUCUUUGUGAUGGACUGCAGAGUCCAAACUGUAAACUGGAGACUCUCAGACUGGAGGCCUGCAGUUUGUCAGAGAUCAGCUGUGAUUCUCUGGUCUCAGCUCUGAAGUCCAACCCCUCACAUCUGGAACAUCUGGACCUGAGCUACAACGACCUGAAGGAUUCAGGAGUGAAACAUCUGAGUGGUUUUGUGGAGAAUCCAGACUGCAUCCUGAAGACUCUGAGAUUGGAGGGCUGCAGGUUGUCAGAGAUCAGCUGUGAUUCUCUGGCCUCAGCUCUGAAGUCCAACCCCUCACAUCUGGAACAUCUGGACGUGAGCUUCAACGUCUUGCAGGAUUCAGGAGUGAAACAUCUGAGUGGUUUUGUGGAGAGUCCAGACUGCAUCCUGAAGACUCUGAGACUGGAGGGCUGCAGUUUGUCAGAGAUCAGCUGUGAUUAUCUGGUCUCAGCUUUGAAGUCCAACCCCUCACAUCUGGAACAUCUGGACCUGAGCAGGAACAUCCUGCAGGAUUCAUCAGUGAAACAUCUGUUAGAUCUUUUGGAAAGACCAAACUGCAGCCUGCAGACUAGGUUGAAGCAGCAGCUGGUGUGCAGAGACUCUGAUGGACCAUGUUACUGGGAGGUGGACUGGGAACCAGUGUAA